AUAUGCUUCUCACACUCUGUCCAUGCUGGAAAAUAAUGGCACAAUAAUCAGCGAUAUACAGGGUAUUGCUGAUACGUUGGGCGAAACGUUUUCUACUUCAUCUAGCAAUAUUAUGUAUUCAGGAAAUUUUCAGGCUUAUAAAGCCCAAAGUAAAAAACAAUAUUUAAACUUUCAUUCCUCAUAUAAUGAGGACUAUAAUGUGCCAUUCACCAGCAUAGAACUACAUACAGCGAUCUCUCGCUCGGGUAAUAGUGCUGUAGGACCGGAUAAAAUUCACUACAGCAUGAUUAAAAAUCUGUCAAACAAUUCCCUUUGUAAUCUUCUGUGUCUGUUUAACAGAAUAUGGACAGAACAUACUUUUCCUGACUCUUGGAGGCUAUCUAUCGUUAUUCCCAUUCCCAAGCCUGGUAAAGACCACAAGAAUCCCUCUAAUUACAGACCAAUCUCUUUGACAAGUUGUCUGUGUAAACUCUAUGAGAGAAUGGUAAACAGACGCCUGAUGUUCCUCCUAGAGGAAAAGAACUAUUUUUCACCACAUCAGAGUGGAUUCCGUAGGAACAGAAGUACCUCUGAUAACUUAGUAAACCUUGAAACAUCUAUACGCGAAGCGUUUGUUAGACGACAGCACUUAGUGUCUGUAUUUUUCGAUAUAGAGAAGGCCUAUGAUCGCUGUUGGCGAUACGGGAUACUCCGUGAUCUGUACAAAUUCGGAUUGCGGGGCAAUUUGCCAAUUUUUAUAAAAAACUUUUUACAGAAUCGAAGAUUCCAUGUCAGGAUGGGCAACACUUUAUCUAGGCCUUUUACGCAAGAAGAAGGUGUUCCUCAAGGCUCUAUUUUGAGUGUGACUCUGUUCCUAAUUAAAAUUAAUAGCAUCGCUAACUGUCUUCCCCCUAGUGUGAAACACUCUUUGUAUGUGGAUGACUUUCAGAUCUCCUGCCAGUCUAGCAACAUGAGCUUUAUCGAGAGACAACUGCAAACCUCCCUAAAUCGCAUAGACAAUUGGUCCAAGAUUAAUGGUUUUACUUUUAAUACAGAGAAGACCUCGUGCAUCCACUUUUGCCGAAGGCGUGGUUUGCACUUGGACCCUGAAAUUCACCUAAAUGGUGUUAAAAUCCCAAUGGUCAACGAGACAAAGUUCUUGGGAGUCAUAUUUGAUUCCAAACUGACAUUCUUACCACACUUACGCAAUUUGAAGAGUAGAUGUUUAAAAUCUUUGAACCUUUUAAAGGUACUGUGCUGCUUAUCCUGGGGAGCAGACAAAGUUUCUAUGCUCAGGAUUUACAGGGCUAUUGUCCGCUCAAAGCUAGAUUACGGAUGCAUUGUUUAUGGCUCUGCGCGAGAAUCUACUCUUCGGAUGCUGGAUCCAAUCCACCAUCAAGCAUUACGUUUGUGCACUGGUGCAUUUCGAACUUCUCCUGUCCAAAGUUUGUAUGUGGAUGCUUAUGAGCCUCCACUAUCUCUCAGGAGAGAACAGUUGUCUCUUUUCUAUUAUAUAAAACAGAAAUCGCAUACUAAACCUUCAGUUGAUUGUACAGUAUCAGAUACUCAGCUGAAAAGGUUAUUUGAAGCUCGGAGAAGUAGUGUCCCCACAUUCAUCAUAAGAAUGGAGAAUGUAAGCAGCACAAUUGACCUUAACACAUGCAACAUCUCACAGGUUGAGGUUAAUAGUAUUCCACCUUGGUCAAUUCCAGCGAUAGAUGUUGAUUUAAGCUUAAAGCAGUUCCCCAAAGAAACCACGCCAGACUGCGUCUAUAGACAGCACUUCGCACAAAUUCAACAUUGUGACAGGAAUUUAAUCCCUAUUUAUACAGAUGGAUCGAAGUCGGAUAACUACGUUGGCCUAGCCUUUGUUUGCCAAAAUGAAAUCGUGGCAGAACAAAUAGCACCGAAUUCCUCCAUCUUUUCUGCGGAGUUGCAGGCUAUUUAUUUAGCCCUAAAGUAUAUAAAUAGGAAAGGUCAUCGCUGCUGCGUGAUUUACACUGACUCAGUUAGUGCACUUCAGGCUCUGAUCUCGUAUGAACCUAGUUCACACUCCAUAGUUACUAAAAUUCGAAAACUAAUUUGUCAUCUGACUACGAGAAAUUUUUUUGUGAAGUUCUGUUGGGUCCCAGGCCACGUGGGUAUAAGAGGUAAUGAAGAAGCUGAUACAGCUGCUAAGUCAGCAAGCCCUUCACAGCAUACAAUGCAUAUUGAAGGAGGUGAUUUGAAGCUGGUCGUUAAAAAACGACUAGCAGAGAGAUGGCAAAAUAUGUGGAACGCACAAAUCCACAAUAAACUACACGAGAUCAAACCUUUGAUAGAAAAUUGGACACACAAUAGGCAGUAUGAUAGGAGAUCUGAGGUUGUCCUUACUCGUUUGAGAAUUGGACACACACGACUGACUCAUCAAUACCUUUUGAAGGGAGAUGACGAAGCAGUAUGUCAGUACUGCAAUUGUACCGUAAGUGUUAAACACAUACUUUGCAAUUGCAUCGCUCUUGAUCAAUGUCGUAGACAGCAUUUUGGAAAUGCAAGUUUGAGUGAGAUUUUGGGCCAGAGGCCAAAACUUGAUAAGUUACUGAACUUUCUUAAAGUUGUAAAUAUUUAUAAAGAGAUUUAUCGCUCUGCGCGAGAAUCUACUCUUCAGAUGCUGGAUCCAAUUCACCAUCAAGCUUUGCGUUUGUGCACUGGUGCAUUUCGAACUUCUCCUGUUCAAAGUUUGUAUGUGGAUGCUUAUAAGCCUCCACUAUCACUCAGGAGAGAACAGUUGUCUUUUUUUUAUUACAUUAAACAAAAAUCUCAGAAAAAACUUACAGCUGAUUGUACAGAUACUCAGCUGAAAAGAUUAUUUGCCGCUCGGACGAGUUGUGUCCCUACAUUCGACAUAAGAAUGGAGAAUGUAAGCAGCACGAUUGACCUAGACACAAGCAACAUCUCACAUGUUGAGGUUAAUAGUAUUUCACCUUGGUCAUCUUCACCGAUCGAUGUUGAUUUAAGCUUAAAGCAGUUCCCUAAAGAAACCACGCCAGACUACGUCUAUAGACAGCACUUCGCAGAAAUUCAGCAUCGUAACAGGAAUUUAAUUCCUAUAUACACCGAUGGAUCUAAAUCGGAUAACUAUGUUGGCUUAGCCUUUGUUUGCCAGGAUGAAAUUGUGGCAGAACAAAUAGCACCGAAUUCUUCCAUCUUUUCUGCGGAGUUGCAGGCUAUUUAUUUAGCCUUAAAGUAUAUAAAUCGGAAAGGUCAUCGUUGCUGCGUGAUUUACACUGACUCAGUUAGUGCACUUCAGGCUUUGAUCUCGUAUGAACGUAGUUCUCACUCCAUAGUUAUUAAAAUUCGAAAACUAAUUUGUCAUCUCACUACGAGAAAUUUUUUUGUGAAGUUCUGUUGGGUCCCAGGCCACGUGGGUAUAAGAGGUAAUGAAGAAGCUGAUACAGCUGCUAAGUCAGCAAGUCCUUCACAGCAUACAAUGCGUAUUGAAGGAGGUGAUUUGAAGCUAGUCGUUAAAAAACGACUAGCAGAGAGAUGGCAAAACGUGUGGAAUGCACAAAUCCACAAUAAACUUCACGAGAUCAAACCUUUGGUAGAAAAUUGGACACAUAAUAGGCAAUAUGAUAGGAGAUCUGAGGUUAUCCUUACUCGUUUGAGAAUUGGACACACUCGACUGACUCAUCAAUACCUUUUGAAGGGAGAUGACGAACCAGUAUGUCAGCACUGCAACUGUGCUGUAAGUGUUAAACACAUAUUUUGCAACUGUGUUGCUUUUGAUCAGAUUCGUAGACAGCAUUUCGGAAAUGCAAGCUUUAGAGACAUUUUGGGCCAGAGGCCAAAUCUGGAUAAUAUACUGGACUUUCUGAAAGUCAUUAAUAUGUAUAGAGAAAUAUGAUGAUUUUAUUAUUGUAUAGUUUUAUUUACUUCAUGGUGCAUAUUUAAAUUAUUGUAUAUAUUUUUUGUUGUUUAUUUAUUUAUUUUUUGUUGUUGUUUAUUUAUUUAUUUAUUAUAUUU